AUGGCCGCAACAACUGCAACUCUCAAAGCCUUUUUCGAGGCGCAAAAAUUCGCCGUGGUCGGUGCCAGCACUAACAAGGCCAAGUUUGGCUACAAGGUCUUUGAGUGGUACGUUUACCACGAUCUCCUCGUGACACCCGUCAACCCGGGCUCUCCAGAAAUUGAGGUGGAUGGCAAGCCGUUCGCAACGGUCGCCUCGCUCUCAGCCUUAGAAUCCCCCGGUGUUACCGCCGUUUCCAUCAUCACGCCCCCGGUUGUGACCCAGAAGACUUUAGCCGAGGCCAAGGAGCUCGGUAUUCAGGCGGUGUUCUUGCAGCCGGGGACCUUCGACGACGACGUCCUUGCCUACGCGCGCGAAAACUUUGCGACUGUGGUGGCAGGUCCGGGUGGCAGCAGUUCUAAUGGUGAAUGGUGUGUGCUGGUAGAUGGCGAGAGGGGGCUGCAAGCCGUUGGGAAGCUGUGA